CACCCCGUGUCGACAACAAUCAUCAGUUAUCCACUGAACGCCUUCAAAAUUGGCCGGAUUUGCCCCAUCGAUACCCCGCCCGUUCAGGUUCUCUUCGACAAUGGCGCGCCUGCCCUUCACCGUCGCGUCCUGCGCCCCUCUUCCUCCUCAGGUCGUCCAGACACUAGAAGCAUCCUUCGACACCUUCAUCCACAAACCUCCUUCUUCCUCGACACCGUUCACCCCCGCCGAAUUGGCCAAGAUCCAAAUCUUCUUCACCUCGUACUACGGCAUCCCCCAAGCCUCGUUCGACGAGGUGCCAAAUUUGAAGCUUGUACAGCUUUGUACGGCUGGAGCAGACAAGGCGCUCAGAGGCGCUUCGGUCGAAGAGUACGUGGGGAAGGUGAAGAGGGGUGAAGAUGGUGGGAGGGAAGUGGUGCUGGCAACGGCGGCGGGGACGCAUGUCCUGUCGAUUCCGAAUUAUGUGGUGGGGAUGGUGAUCGCUUUGUUGCAUCAAUUUCCUCGGCAGAUAAUCGGUGCUAGAGAUGAGAGGCGGUGGCUUUCCUCGGAAGAAUGCGACAUCGACAACAAGCCUUAUUACGCGCGGAAAACGUACCAGCGUACUGCUGGCUUUUUGGGAUAUGGAUGCCUGGGACGAGAGUCUGCGCGUCUACUAAAAGCACACAAUAUGCGCAUCAUAGCCGCCAACACUUCUGGCAAAGCUACCUCGCAAGAUGGUUUCAUCCUGCCUCACACUGGUGACGUGGAUGGAUCCCUCCCGGAAGUGUACUACUCUACCAAAGACCCCAAGGCAGUGAAAGAGUUCCUCGGCCAGUGUGAUAUUUUGGUCUGUUCUUUGCCGAACACGCCCGAGACAAAAUACUUUAUGAACAAGGAGAGGCUGGCUAUGCUCCCCCAAGGCGCCGUACUCGUCAACGUCGGCCGAGGCUCACUCAUCCCCUCCGACGAUCUCCUCACGGCCCUUGACACCAAUUUAUUCGGCGCCGCCAUCGACGUGACAGACCCCGAACCCCUGCCUCCCAGCCACCCACUCUGGUCUUAUCCGAAAUGUAUCAUUACUCCUCAUCUAGCAGGAAAUGCAGAGGGGGAGAUGGAUGUUGCUGCGGAGGUGUUGUUGGAGAACGCUAGGAGGCUGGCUGAUGGGAGAGCGCUUGUGAACAAGGUAGAAUGGGAGAGGGGUUAUUGAUCCUAUGCCAGUCUCAUGAGGGCAUGCAAUUGGAGACACUCGGAGUAUCCAAACUUGAUUUGAUAUAUCUGGGAUUGUGGAGCGCUCACUAUCAACAAGGAAAGAGUGCCAUGAAGAGGCUGAACUGUAGGCAUUCAAUCAACCUUGGUUAAACAUCUGAAUUCUACGUUGAACGACAUCUUGUUUAUUUCGCACGCGCGGGCCUCUCUCGUGUUCCCCGGAAGUAUUUCAUCGUAAAAGAUUCC